UUUAUUUUUCCUCACAGUAUUCUUUUUAAAUUAAUUUAAAAAAAUCUUUGAACUAUGUUUGAUGAAUUAAAUGCCUAUUAAUAUUCAAAAUUAUGAGUAAACAUAAUACAUAACAUUUCAAGUAUAUUUAAUGCCAAUCAUAACAGAAGAAUAUUGCAGUUUUUUCUACUUUGAUGACUAUAAAAAUCCCUAGAACUUCCUACAUUCUAAAAUAUUUAGUUCAUUAUGCAACAAUUAUCGUGAUUACUUAUAUUAUUUCGUGAAAUCUACUGGAUUUUUUUCUCUCUAUGUUGGCAGCUAGUUAGCCCAUUAUAGCUUACCCAAGAGCUCAGUACUUGUGCUUCCUCUUUAUAUUAUUUAUAAUAUGUACGCGGGGGGGGGCAGGGAAUUUUUUCCAGAUUUGAGUGGCAACCCUGACUAAAUUUAGGCUAAUUUGAUUCGCAAACCAUUGAACUUAGAAAGAAUUAAAUCUUAACAGUCUGAAAUAUUUGUUGAUAGGUUUUAGAUCUAUAUACUCAGAGCCUCAUUCUAAAGGUAUUUAUUGGUCAAGUCUAUUAUUGGCAAAGAAGUUUCCUAGAAUGACAUUUAAAAUUUUAAAACUCCCAUCAUUCCCCAAACAUACAGACAGUAGAAAAUUAAAGAGGCUAACUGUCAUUUGGUGUUUAGACUCUUAAGAAAAUUUCUUGUUUAUAGAACUGAAACUGUAGUAUGUCCAUUUUUAUUCUUUAUUUGUUUUACUCUGAGUAUGUUACAUUCCCCAAACAUGCAGACAGUAGAAAAUUAAAGAGACUUUACUUUUCUACUGUCAUUUGGUGUUUAGACACUAAGGAAGUUUCUUUUUUAUAGAACUGAAACUGUUGUAUGUCCAUUUCUAUACUUUACCUAUUUGUUUUAGUCUGAGUAUGUAACUGCUUUAGUCUGAGCACGUAAUGUUCACUUUUGACAUGAUCAAAAAGGAGAAGGGCUCACUGUAGUUGCAGCCAGAUAAUUUCAUGACAUUCUCAAGCCGGACAUGGUUGACUCGGACUUUCAUUCCUUCAGAGGAUUGAUAGAAUGGGUACUAAGCAACCUUGGAGACGAAACACUGGGGUUUCCUCAUUCUGCUGACCGCCCAAGCAGAGCAUCUGGUCUUGUACCCGAAAGCCCAAGGUCAAGAAAACUAGGAUGGGCAUAUUAGACCUCGGCCUUCCAUGGGCUGUUGCGCCAUUGAGUUUAGUACUACCAUUAUACUCAACAGUCUAUCCAUCAGUCAAUUUUUUAUCCAGAGCAUUACCUGUUUAUUUACACAAAUAAGUGCACUGAUAAAUAUUUUGAAAUGCUAAUACAUUUCUUUUUUUUUUAUUUGCAGUGGAAAUGUAUCUCGGUGGUGCUCCAAAUUCUAAUUCUUACAACUUUCGUAAGCAUGGUUCUUGUCACGUGUGCAACAUAUGUAACCGACAAUUUGGCAGAAAGUCUUCACUUAACCGGCAUUACGUUAUUCAUACUGGAGAAAGACCAUACAGUUGUACCGAAUGCGGUAAAAACUUUGCUCAAAAAGAUAACCUAAAGACUCAUUUAAGAAGCCACACCGGAGAGAGACCCUUCGUGUGCAACUUCUGUCCGAAACGAUUCUCUUCUAAGCAACACAUGUUAGAACACAUAGUUACACUGGAUGGUCACAAAAUAAGGAAAAGUCAGAGAUCUGCUCUUAAAAUUCAUUUUAUGACGCAUACAGGGGAACGUCCUCACACCUGUAAAGAAUGUGAGUUCCUGCUUUCAGAUUUCAUCUAUCCUAACUUAGAUCUUAAUUCAUCUUCUUCCUCUUUUGGUCAACAAGGUUCAAGUUUUGUGUGUCACGUGUGUGAGAGGGCAUUUUCUAAGAAAGCCUUGCUUAAGCGACACCUACCAUCACAUGCUGAAAAGAAACCUUACAGUUGCCACCAUUGCGUUUCUUUUUUUUCAGGCAGCAUUCAUUCAAUUUCUAAUUCUAGUUUCACAUCCUUUUUCGAACUGAGUUCCCACGAGUGUGAUGCGUGUGGCAAAGUAUUUCCCAGUAAAUCUAGCCUUAAAAUGCAUUCAUUUACCCACAGCGGAGAGAGACCUUACUCUUGUAAGGAGUGUGGUAAAGGUUUUACCCAAAAAGGAAACCUAAUAAGACAUCUUGGAUGCCAUUCAAGAGAAAAGUUGUUUCAGAAGUAUAUUGAUCUGUUCCGUUAAUUCACAAAAUCCUGAUCCAAUAGAUCUUCAUGUAUGCAAUAUAUGUAACAAAAGUUUUGCCGCCAAGAAGCACCUAGACAGGCAUUACAACAUACACACUGGUGAAAAGCCUUUUGCUUGUACUGUGU